AUGCCUUCUCAAAGAUUCAACACGGCACGCGCCUUUACGUCGAGCUACGAGAACUUCGACCUUGACACCAUGUUGGGUGUGAGGUCGCCCGAGUGCAAGCAUUCGUUCAUCACGGCCGGGGGCGAAUAUCCCAUCAUGAGCAACUCCCAAUUUGCCGCCUUCUAUGAACCGAUCCGGCCGUUGCUCGAGCGAAGUACGUUUCACAUCGAGCGGGCGAUCGAAGACGACAAGGCCAACGAAAUGGCGCUGUGGUGCAGCAUCGAAAUUCACUUCAAGAACAAGGCGGUCCAGCCCUACCGGGGCCACUAUGUUUUCCUGUUGGAGUUCAGCGCCGACGAGAAGACGGUGACCAUGGUUCGCGAAGUCGUCGACCGCGUUGGCGCCGGCGAAUACAUGGACAAGGUCAAGCAGGCCAGGGAGUUGACGAGGGGCACUGGCGACGAGAUGGCCAGUAAAACCGAGAGCAGCAAUCUGUGA